AUGUCUGACUCUGCUAGAAAGAACUUCGGUGACAAGGUUUCUGAAUCUGUCAAACCAGACUCUCAAAAGGGCUACUUGGAAAAGGGUAAGGAAGUUGUAACUGACCAAGCUGACAAGCUGGCCGGUAAGGUUCAACCACAAGAAAACAAAGGUUUAGGUCAAACAGUCCACGACUCUGCCCAAGAAGGUAAGGACGAUGCUACUGGAAAGUCUUUCGGUGAAACCGCUCAAGAAUAUGUCGAUGAAGCCAAGAACAAGCUAGGUGAAGCUGCUGAGUACAUCUCCAAGCAAGUUCACGGUGGUGAAGAAGGCACCAAAUAA